AUGUCUCUCGUUAACCUCGCCUCGGUGUGCGCGCACUUGAACAACGCCACCAAGGCUCGUCUUGGCCUCACCUCCAUCCCCAACACCAAGAUGCACCUGGCUCUGUGCCAGGCUCUUCAGAACUCUGGCUACCUCUCCACUGUUGUCCGCGGAGGCCCGACUCCUCCGCCUGCGCACCCAAUCCUCGGCUUCCCAACCGCCAACGACGUUGAGCCUAUCACCCGUGAGAACGUUGCGUCAAGGCGUCUCUGGCUAGGCUUGAAAUACUGGCAGAACGAGUCUGUCCUGGGGAAGGUUCAGCUGGUCAGCAAGCCGACACGGCGAGUCCGGGUCACUGUUGAGGACUUGCGAAAGAUCGUCCGCGGCCAAGAGUCUAAUUACGUGGCUGGCCUCCGCUCCCCUGGUGAGAGUCUCUACAUCUCUACAGAUCGGGGAAUCAUGGAGGCUCGCGAGUGCGUGGAGAAGAAGAUUGGCGGCCAGGCCUUGGUCCGUGUCAAAUAA